AUGGAGAGGAUAACUUGUGCAGCUAGAGAGCCAGGUAUGUCGAUUAAUUUGACAGAUAUUAUGCUCAAAAUGUUGAAUCCAAUUAUCUUUUGGUGUUCAUUGGGAGACAAUUUUAACAAAGAUUAUGUAGAUAGUUUUGUUGGGUUGUUUAAUAAGGCGACGACAUUAAUGGAGUCUAUGUGCUUUGAGGAUUUUUUUCCAUUGCUGAAAUGGGUAGAUGUUUUAAGAGGAUUUGAAGGGAAGCUUAAGAGAACAUCUCAAGAAUUAGAUACUUUCUUGAAUCGAGUCAUUGAUGAUCAUGUUAGUUCCGAGGAACACAGAUGCAAAGAUGACAAGAUGAAUUUUAUUGAUUUGCUUCUUCUUCAUGCUGAAGAUGAUAAUCUUAAUUUGUCUAGAGAUAGUAUCAAGGGGAUUAUAAUGGACAUGUUUGUUGGUGGGAGUGAUACCCCUGCGACUGCCAUAGAGUGGUCUAUGGAAGAGCUUAUAAAGAAUCCAAGGCUAAUGAAGAAAGCACAAGAAAAGUAUGAUUGGAGACGAGGGUGUCCUGGAAUGGCAUUUGGCCUUGCAGUUAUGGAGUUUCUUCUUGCCAACCUCUUGUACCAAUUCAAUUGGGAAUUUCCUGGUGGUGCUAACAGUGAGGAAUUCAACAUGACUGAAGGUUUUGGACUCACGGUUAAUAGGAAGAUGCCUCUUCAUGUUGUUCCAAUAUUGUUUCAUCCAACUUCUUUUUAA